CCCAGAAAGCCCUCCACUCUCUGAACAGCAUACGUUGUGCGGUGCCAAAUUACCAAUAUGGAGCAGUUGGGAACGACAGAUUGCACUUUAUCUUUUAAAGAUAUUGGUGUUUGCCCUGAGAUAAUUACCAUGUUACAGGACAAAGGUAUAACAAACCGGCCAGAAGUGCAAGUGGUNCUGCCAUAAUCGAUGGUAAGUGAGCUUUAUCUUCGUUCAAUUUCAGGCAUGGAUGUUGUCGCAUGCGCCAAAACGGGAUCGGGAAAGACAGCAACUUUUCUUAUACCGAUAAUUCAGUCAUUGAUGACGGAGUUGAAGCCAUUCUACGCCCUGAUAAUCACACCUACAAGAGAAUUGGCUCACCAGAUUGGAGAACAGGCCGCCGGCCUGAAUUUGAUUCUGGGCACAUCAUUGUGCAAUGUUUUGAUCAUAACGGGUGGUAAAAGCAUCGUCCACCAAGGCAUUGACCUUGCUCGUGGUCCUCAUAUUGUCGUAGCCACACCCGGGAGACUUGCAGACCUAUUACGAACACAACAGGCAAAUCUCGACGAGCCGUCCAAUCCCAGUUCAACGGAAUGGUCACUAAUACGAACCCGAGUUGUUGUUUUAGAUGAGGCUGACAGGUUACUGGAAGACAACUUCGGUGCCGAUCUUAGUUUGAUCAUGAGUGCACUACCAGACCGUCGACAAACACUGCUGUUUAGCGCUACAUUCAGCGACGCCGUCAAAACAGCUGUGGAGGCUUCGAAGGCGAUGGCCUUGGAGCAGAAUAAGCGCCCUCCUCUACUGUGGCAACCAACUGAGGUCAUUGGAAGCUCAUCGAGUACAGUGGGUGCUAGCACUGUGGAUACUUUGAGUCAGUUCUACUUACUGAUGCGGCCGGAGCACAAAGAAGCGUUUCUCGUUCAUACGGUUGACCAGUUCCUCACAGAAAACCCGUGUUCUUUGAUAAUUGUAUUCACAAACAAGUGCAAGUGGUGCCAUCUGAUCGGUUUAAUGAUAAACAGUUUGGGCAUGAAAACAGUUCUUUUGCAUUCCGCGAUGCGGCAACGUGAAAGGAUAUCCUCUUUGACCCUGUUUCGAUCAAGUCAGGUCCGCAUUUUAAUAGCCACAGAUCUGGCUAGUCGCGGAUUGGAUUUUCCCACCGUUGAUAUUGUUAUAAAUCACAACGUCCCCAUUCGACCCAAAGACUACGUGCACCGUGUUGGCAGAACUGCUCGAGCUGGUAAAACUGGACUUGCUCUCACACUUUGUGAUUUAUUUGAGAUUAAGCGGUUACGUGCCAUUCAGGACUUCAUAGGCAAGGACUUGAGUCCCUUUGAAGUGAACGAAAAGAAAGUGGCAAAGAUCAUCACUGAGGUUUCAAUGGCUCGAAGGGAAGCAGAAAGGAAGUUGGAUCAAAUCCGGUUUGACGAGAAGCGGGAGAUCAACAAAGCUAAAAAGGUAACUUAA